UCGAACCGAAUAAUAAUAGUUAAUAGUAGUGGUCCAAUGUUGGGCAUAUUUUUAUUACAUGCACGUUAUCUGUUCAGUGGUUGAAAAUUGAUAUUUACAAGCUAAUCAUGAAUGUUUCUAAAAGUGCCUCUUGUGGUUUAGAUUUUUGUUCAGUUCCAGAUUUAAAAAAUUGUUUGUACAUUGCUAAUGUGUCUAAAUAUCAAUUUGUAAUUAUUCCAUUGGUUCAUCCCAAUUUUAAACGAGAAUUUAUUUUUGGUAGUGCAGAAAAUCGUUCUGGACCGUGGACACGAUCAGAUGUGAUACUUUGUAGUUCAGUACAUUGUAUAUUCAUAGAUUGGAACACUUUAGUCGUUGGUAAAUUAUCACCUCACAUAUAUGUAGAUUCUAAAGUACCUGCAGUAGCUAAAAACAGUGAAGAAACUUUGUGCCAAGAAAUAGCAUUGGCUAUUCAUUUAGGAUUAGUUGCGAUUACUUUUAAAUUAAAUGGAAUAUUAAAAAAAAAUAUGAAUCUUGCUAGAAUAAUAUUUAAUAAACUUGCUGCAACUCCUCAUUUUCAAGCUCAAAUAUGGGUGCAAAUUCCAAUGGAAAAUCCAAUAAAACAAGCAUAUUUUUAUAGAGAGGAUAAGGAUAUCAAUCAGUUAAAAAUUGAAAGUCCUUGGCAAUGGUGGAAUGAAUUUCGAAUAGUUUGUGACUAUAAUAGAAAGCUUAUUGUUGCUUUAAUUGUCAGUCAUGAUUUGCCUGACAAAGAAGAAAUUGAUAGAUGGUUAGGUGAACCAGUUAGAUGCUUAAUUAUCCCUACAACAGUAUUUAUUACAAAUAAAACAGGUUUUCCAGUAUUGAGUAAAGCUCAUCAAAUGAUGAUAAAAAAAUUUUGUUCCCUUAAAGUUCAGUUUGUUAUAACUGGUGCUAGUCGUCACCAAAAUAUAGUUUAUUAUUAUCAUUAUAUCGAUCAUUUAUGGAAGAAUUGGCAACCUAAUGGACCUAUUGAUUCUUUUGCUCGAGGCUUUGAAGAUUAUCUUCAAUGUCCCUUACAACCUUUAAUGGACAAUUUAGAAUCUGGAACGUAUGAAGUUUUUGAAAAAGAUCCAAUAAAGUAUACUGAAUACCAAUCUGCUAUCCAAAAGGCCUUAAUAGAUAUAAGAUUACAGAGAAAAAAUAUUAAUAAUAAUGAAACAAUAGUAAUUAUGGUGGUUGGUGCUGGACGAGGACCAUUAGUUCGUGCUGCAUUAAAUGCCUCAAUAAAAAUCAAACAAAAAACUAAAAUAUAUGCAAUUGAGAAAAAUCCUAAUGCAGUUUUAACCUUGCAAGCAUUACAACAAGAAAUGUGGGGGGAAACAGUGAUAAUAGUGUCUUCUGAUAUGAGAAAAUGGAAUGCUCCUGAGAAAACUGAUAUUUUAAUCUCUGAACUAUUAGGUUCAUUUGGUGAUAAUGAACUCUCACCAGAAUGUUUAGACGGAGUUCAGAAAUUCUUGAAAGAUGAUGGAAUAAGCAUACCAUGUUCUUAUACAUCUUAUAUUGCUCCAGUUCAAUCUUCUAAAUUAUAUAAUGAAGUAAAAGGAUGCAAAGAAAAAGAUAAACAUCCUUUAUCACACUUUGAAAUGCCUUAUGUGGUUCAUUUUCAGAAUAAAUAUGAUAUUGAUCUUCCUCAACCACUUUUUACUUUUUAUCAUCCAAACAAAGAUUUGAAAAUUGAUAAUUCAAGGUAUGGUAAAAAUAUUUUUAAAGUUAAGCAAGAUUGUGUGCUUCAUGGAUUUUCUGGUUAUUUUGAUGCAGUUCUGUAUAAAAAUAUAAAGAUUAGUAUCGAACCAAGAACUCAUAGCCCUAGAAUGUUGAGUUGGUUUCCUAUUUUCUUUCCUAUAAAGGAUCCAGUAAAUUUGAAAGCAGGUGAUGAAAUAGUCAGCCACUUUUGGCGAUGCUGUAAUUUAAAAAAAGUCUGGUAUGAAUGGGCCAUCGAAAAACCAAUACCUGUUGCUAUUCACAAUCCAUGUGGCAGAUCUUCUACUAUUGGAUUAUAAUGAAUGUAGACCAAAAAUAUUGAUCAUCAUGUAUACAUACAAAUUGAACUAGUACAAUUUGGACCAUAAAAUAUUUGAAAAUUAUUUUACUUAAAUAAAAUAUUUUCAAAUAAAUGUUAAUUUUUUUUAU